GGAGUACCUGAUUUAUCUGAAAUUAUUCCGAUGGCAUUGCAAAACGCUAAAUAAGUGUUGCGUCCGUUUACAGUGUCGAUUAUUGCGUUGAAGCGGAGUUAACUGUCCUCCUAAAACAAGAAAAGCUGUGCACUGGCAGUAGAAAUAUGACUUUUACUGAGAAUUCGACCACCGAAUACAACGAGCUGAUUCGGGCAGGAUACAAAUACAUCGAAGGGACGCCACUUCCGCAACCAAUAUCAAAACCUAAAUUCACAUUAAGUGAACUGAAAGCUGCUGUUCCCAGUCACUGCUUUGAACGAAGUCUGGUGACAUCAUUCGGACAUUUAGCUUUGAAUCUUUUGAUUCUCGGCUCGUGUUUUUAUGCAGCCUAUUUUCUAUUCGAACUGCACUCAUUGCCGCUGUUGUUAACGGUUCCAGGAUAUCUGGCUUAUUGGUUCGUACAGGGAGCUUAUUUGAUGGGAUUGUGGGUGCUAGCGCACGAAUGUGGCCAUCAGGCAUUCUCAGAAAUCCCGAUUGUAAACGACAUUGUUGGCCUAACCAUCCAUUCGGCGCUCUUUACUCCCUAUUUCAGUUGGCAAAUCACUCAUCGACGACACCAUUCGAACAAUGGAAGCUGCGAAAAUGACGAAGUGUGGGUGCCCGCGUCUUAUUCGCAUGCCAAAGAACAUUGGCCGGAAUAUUUAGAGGAUAGUCCUAUGUACAGCUUGGUAAAUUUGAUUGGAAUGUGUGUUGUUGGAUGGAUGCCCGGUUAUCUGCUCUUCAAUAUGGCAGGCCCAAAGAAAAACAGUGGCCUACCGAAAAGCCAUUUUAACCCGAAUGCUUCAUUUUUCUCGCCGGAAGAACGACUCAGUAUUGUAAUAAGUGACGUCGGCAUUUUCGUCGCUCUGGUCACCCUCACUUACUUCAUCAAUACGUACGGAUUUUUUCUGGUUUUAAAAUUACAUUUGAUGCCAUACUUGAGCCUGAACACGUGGCUGGUACUAAUAACAUAUUUGCAUCAUACGCAUCCGUUUGUUCCACAUUACCGAGAAGGUGAAUGGUCUUGGCUGAGAGGUGCACUGUGUACAGCCGAUAGGUCGUUCGGAGCGUGGAUCGAUAGUGCUGUUCAUCACAUAAGCGACACACACAUCUGCCAUCACAUAUUCUCUAAAAUGCCAUUCUAUCACUGCCAAGAAGCAACAGAGGCAAUAAAACCGAUUUUGGGCGAUUAUUAUUUGAUGGACAAAUCAUCGGCUAUUGAUGCUAUAUGGCGAUCCAUUACCAAUUGCAAGUAUGUUCCGGAUGAUGGAAAGGUCGUUUUUUAUCAGGGAAGUGUAAAACAUAAGGAGAUUUGAUGUGACGGUUGGUUUAGUUUCGCUGUUAACUGAUACCAUUGAGUAAUAUAAUUGAAACAGGCAAUUCAAUUCUUUGAAUUC